AUGUUCUCUCCCUCACGCUUCCUCCCAUGGCUUCUCCACAUCGUUGGAUAUUCUCCCGAGGAUUUGGAAUCUCAUGAUAAACUCAUUGAACUCUUCGAAAAUUGGAUCUCCAACUUCGAGAAAGCUUACAAAACCGUUGAAGAGAAUUUGCGUAGGUUCGAAAUUUUCAAGGAUAACCUGAAGCACAUCGACGAGACUAACAAGAAAGUGAAAAACUACUGGCUUGGUCUCAACGAGUUUGCGGAUUUGAGCCACGAAGAGUUCAAGAAUAAGUAUUUAGGGCUCAAGACUGAUAUGCUAGACACAAUGAUGAAAAAUCUUACCAAGAGUUUGCUUAUAAGGAGCCGAAGUUGUUGGGCGUUUUCGACAGUAGCUGCAGUGGAAGGUAUAAACAAGAUAGUGACAGGAAACUUGACAACAUUGUCUGAACAAGAACUCAUAGACUGUGACACAACCUACAACAAUGGCUGCAACGGUGGUCUAAUGGAUUAUGCAUUUGAGUACAUUGUCAAGAACGGAGGCCUUCGCAAGGAAGAGGAUUAUCCUUACUCUAUGGAAGAAGGAACUUGCGAGACACAAAAGGAUGAAUCUUUGAUGGGUGUCUUUGAUGGGCAGUGUGGGGUCGAUUUGGACCACAGUGUGGCUGCGGUUGGGUACGGAUCAAGCAAGGGUUCGGAUUACAUCAUUGUGAAGAAUUCUUGGGGACCAAAAUGGGGAGAGAAAGGUUACAUCAGGAUGAAGAGAAACACUGGCAAACCAGAAGGUCUUUGUGGAAUCAACAAGAUGGCUUCUUUCCCCACUAAAACUAAGUGA